AAUUGUUCGAAUGUGGCAGAUUUUAUUUAGUAGCCAGCUGGUUGGAUUUGCCAUCGUGAGCAACAAAGCUUCGUAAAGCGGGUUUUGCAACAAAUUUUAUUCAGCAGAGUUCAACGAGCAGCGCAGCGCCGAAGCAGAAGAAACAACGACAACGCAAUCGACCUAGGAACAAGCGAAAUCGAUUGCAAGAUAACGAAAUCCAGUCGCCCAACGAAAGUGCAAUGCAGAAAGCUAACAGUAAUCCCAAUCAAAAUGGAGCAGCGGACAAAACUCGUGAGCAAGUCAUGGCGGAGCGUGAGGCCAAGAAGCAGGCGAAGCUAGCUAAGAAACAAAAGACCACAACUCCGACUGCAGUUGAAACUGCGGCAGCGACAACCAAACCAGCGACAACAAUCAUCACAGAAGUGGAGCAGACAACGAUCACAACCAAAUUGACGACAACUACAACCACAACCACAAAAGAUAAUGUGGUAGCAGCUGUGGCUGCAGCUACUUCAACGAAAGUCGCUCCCAGCAGCGAACCCCCAGAUUCCAAUACUGGGGAAAAGACGCGAGAUCAAAUCAAAGCUGAACGUGAAGCCAAGAAAGCAGCCAAGCAGGCUGCAAAGACUGCCAAGACCACUGGCAACAACAAUGUGGACACAGUAACGCAGAAACUAAACAAUCUCGAAGUGGCACCAUCAACUGCUGCACCAACAGACGUGGAGAAGAAGAAACCAGCACUGAGCAAGGCAGAACGACGUGCCAUCCAGGAGGCGCAACGUGCAGCCAAAGCACAGGGACAGACGAAGAAGCCGAAUGCAGCGCCAACUGCUGAUGCCAAGGCAACGGAGAAAAAAUUACCAAGUGUUAUCACUACGCCCGCAGCUGCCGUGAAAGAGUCGAAACGAGAGAGUGAAUCACCUGCCAAGUCACCGGCUAAAUUGUCGCCACUGAAAACGGAACGCGAGUGCAAAGUAAAGCUGUUCAAUCACUUGGUGCGCGCCAAUCAUGAUGCCAGUUUAUUCAUCAACGAUGCGCGUGUGCAUCCCAGCAUUGCCCGCUUGGGAGUGCAAUAUGCAGAACGCACCAUUGUGGGAUCGAAUGCGCGUUGCAUUGCCUUUCUGCACGCACUGCGACAGGUGGUACAAGAUUUCGAGACGCCGGCGAAGAAAGAGUUUGGACGUAGUCUCGAUGGCGCGGUCAAAUACCAUGUGGAGCAUCUGAAUAAGUGUCGUCCGCUGGCCGUGUCCGUGUCCAAUGCGUACAAACAGUUCAGGAAUCAAUUGACUCAGCUGCCCGCAGACACACCCGAAACGGAGUUGAAGGAACAGUUGGCGCACUUCAUCGACACCUAUGUGGAGAAUCAAAUUGGCAAGGCUGCACAAGCUAUUAGUAGCUCAAUGCAAGAGAAGAUCACCGACGGCGAUGUGCUGCUCACAUUCGCCUGUUCAUCACUUAUACAAUACAUCCUCGAAGAGGCUAAGCGCCGCAAGGUUGCAUUUCGUGUCAUUGUCGUCGACUCGCGACCCUUCUGCGAGGGACAGGAGAUGCUGCGUCGUCUGCAUGCUCACGGCAUUCCCUGCACCUACGUGCUGAUUAAUGCUGUGAGCUAUGUGAUGCCAGAGGCAACCAAGGUGCUGUUGGGUGCACAUGCCUUGCUGGCCAAUGGUUAUGUGAUGGCACGCGCUGGCACUGCACAGGUGGCUCUGAUGGCCAAUUGCCACAAUGUGCCCGUGCUUGUUUGCUGCGAGACGCACAAGUUUAGCGAACGCUUCCAAACCGAUGCUAUUGUCUACAACGAAUUAUGCGAUCCCAAUCAGUUGGUGAUGAAUGCCAAAUGCUGCUUGAACAACUGGCACAAGAGUCGACUGACACCGCUCAAUCUGAGCUAUGAUAUUACGCCACCCGAACUAGUUAGCGCCGUUGUCACCGAGGUUGCUAUUCUGCCCUGCACCAGCGUGCCCGUCAUUCUACGCAUCAAGCCGGAAAUUGGAUAUUAAAAGAAGCUCCUAGCUGAACAAUUUAAUUGCGAAAGACGUCGUAAGCCAGAACCAUAACUGAAAAGGAAUUUGUUGAAUAAAUACUUUUUUUAUUAUA